AUGUUCAGUGAUGUCCCAGACUUUCAAAAAAUUGUUCUUUACUGCAAGCCACGGCAGAUUGUGACACUGCUCAAUGAACUGUUCACGAAAUUGGACCGUUUGGUCACCAGACACCAUGUUUACAAAGUGGAAACCAUCGGUGACAGUUAUAUGACAGUUGGUGGUGUGCCAGAGCAUACCGAGGACCACUGUGAAGUGUUGUGCCAUUUAGCACUGGGAAUGCUUUUCGAAGCACGAUCCGUUACGGAUCCAGUAACUAGAAAACCAUUGCAAAUACGGCUGGGCAUCAAUUCUGGACCUAUUGUAGCUGGUGUAAUCGGCAAGAAAAUGCCAAGGUACUGA